UAUACAUAAAGAAAAUCCUAAUACAUACGAAAUUAAUAAUAUUUUUCAUUUUAAGUUUGUAUCAUAAGUAUUCACAUGAAAAAAAUGUGUAAAGUAAUUUUUAUAAUAUUAAUUCAAUUGAUAUUAAUUUAUAAUUAUGGAUGUUUUAAAACUACUCCGAUAAGAAACAAACAUUUAAAAUAUUUGACAGGAGUAGUAGCUCACAUUUGUGAUCAAACAGGAUGGAACUCAAUGGAAAACGAUUUAUUGAUUUGGAACUCAAAAAAUAUUGGAAGGAUUAAAGAACUAUUAAACCAUAAAUUUGAUAAAGACAAUUUUUUGUAUAUUUUUAGUUAUAUAGUGAAUAUAUUUAAUUAUAAAUAUAUAGGAAUACUACAAACUUUCGUUGAACAUGUUAAUAUAUUAAUAGAAGAAUGUGAAAAAUAUUUAACAGCCAAAUCAUUUGAUAAUUUUAUAAAUUGCACAACAUUACUUGAAAUUGGAAUGAAGAAAUCUACUGUAAUGUUUGAUAGCAUAUACCAAGUAAUGUGGUUUCUGAGUUAUUUAGAUGUUCAACGCGUUUUUGUAAAAGUUGCAGGUAACCCAUAUACUGUAGUCGAUGAAGUUUAUUUGGUUAAGCAAUUUAUAGAUUCUAUUCAAAUAAAAGAUGAGACGGGUCUUGCUAACAUUCAGGAAGAAUAUAUGGCCAAAGUCAAUGAAGCAGUACUAGUAAUUUUUAAUACAAAAGUACUUAUUAAGAAUGUGACUAAAAGAGCAAUUUCUGUUUUAAAUGAAAUCAGAAAAUUAUUAAUUAUACCUCAGCGACUCGAUUUGAAGUUAAAUUACGAAAGGGAAUAUCAUUCUCAAGAAUGUAUUGAAAAUGAUUUUUUUAAUUUCGUGUUAAAUAAUUUAAAUAAAUUUUAUACACAUACAAAAAAAAUUUAUUACGAUGAUUUCAACUUUGAUAUAUUACUGAACCCUGACGCAUAUAACAUGGAAAAGUUGAUACCUCCACUAGAAGAACCAUUACCUCUUCUUACUGAAGUAACAACUUUAAAAAUACUUGUCGACGAAGGAAAAUGGAAAACUGUCGAUCACAUAUCAAUUAUACAUAAAGGUUUAAAUAUAAGUGCAAAUCGCAUAGUAAGAGAUCCAGUUAGUGUACAUGGUUUUAAUCUCAAAAAAAAUUACAUAUUACAAUUGUUAAAGUGCAGGUUCUAUGAAAUAUUUUCAUGUUAUUAUUCGUAUUUUACUUCAAUUAUACAGUUUUGCUACAAUAAAAAAACAAAAGUAGUCAGAUCUUCUGAACAAAAUAUCUUAACAUACAUUAAUUGUAUAAACAACUUAUUUGAAACAAGUAAAAGCUCCGAAUAUUUUUUCAAUAAAAUCUUUUCGGUAGUGAAAAGAUUAAAAGAUGUAUCAAUUUGGGAAGUUUCUAGUGUACGUAUGUCUUUACCAUCCAUUGAAAAAUUUUUAGAAUUGUUCAUUAAUACGUUUAAUGAUAAUUAUUUGUAUGAAGAUGUUUUUAAUAAAAAUACAGAACCAUUUCCCAUAAUUAAGGCACAUAAAUAUCUAAAAAAUAUGAUACAUAAAAGAACAAUGUUUAAAGCAGAAUUACAUGAAACUUCGAGACAUUCGAGAAUUAUACGCUGUCAAUAUACAGAGAAAUCUAGACCAUUUGUUAGUAUUCUAGAAGAGAUUUUUGAGAAAAAUGAUGAUUUAAUGAAAAUUAAUACAAUCGAUGAUCAUCUAAAUGCCUGUAUUAAAUUAUCCACAUUUUGUAUAAACAUUAUUGACAUUGAUUUUAAAGACAUGGGAUUCGAUAAAAUUUUAUGAAUAUGAAUUAUGUUAUUUAUUGAUUUUUGAAAAUUCAUUAGUUAAUGUUAUAUUUGUCUUAAAAAAAUAUUAUUUUCUUAUUCCAACAACGUUUUUUUGAUUUUUUUGUACAUUAAAGAUCAAAUUUUGACCUUCAGCAAAGUUAAAUUUGUCACUACAAAUUAUUUCAAUUAUUGAAAUAGUUUGUAAUUUUCGCUAGGUGUUAAAGUAGUUCUUAUGCACAUUUUAGAAUUUAAAUUCAUUCUCAAAAGCCAGAGAAAAUUGAUUAUAAUAAUAAUUUGGAAUCAACUUUUUGUCACCGCUGAAAUGAGUUAUUAAUUUCAAUGAAACCCACUCUACAUACAUGAUACAAUUAUGUAUGUAAUCACUUAACACUAGUAACCUUUUCAAUUUUUUUAUUAACCUAACACAAAUUUUAGCAGGCUAAAAGAACUAACAUUUGAAUUUUAUAAACAAAUAAAAAAACAGUCAGCUUUGUAUGAGCUGAGUAGGUUAAAAAAAGCAUUUAAAAAUCUAAAUUAGUUAAUAGUUUUAUUUAAAUCAAUAUUAUAAUUACAUAUUAUAUAAUCAAUCUUUAUUGUAUUUAAAUUAAACA